AUAAUUCCAAUGGCGGCCCCUACGCCGUUGGCCAUGCUUUGCUCUUCUUAUACCGUCUCUCCUUCUCUCUCUCUAUUUCUUUAUAUCUUUUUCACUCGCUAGUAUUAAAAGCUAAACGCACUAUCAACGCCACAAGUACACCAGCAUUUGCAAGACAAGAUAAGAAGCAAAAUACAUAAAAGGCUGCUCCACUUUGCAUCUCUCUCAUGGAGGAGGAGCUCGUCAACCGGUUCAAGCUACUUGUCAUCUCUUUCGCCGUCUUAUUGUUUGUUUUAAAGGUUACAAUUCUGCUUUGGUGGACACCCAGAAAAAUUGAAGACCAUUUCUCUAAGCAAGGGAUCAGAGGUCCUCCUUAUCAUUUCUUCAUUGGAAAUGUUAAGGAGUUGGUUGGCAUGAUGCUCAAGGCUUCUUCUCAACCCAUGCCUUUCUCCCACAACAUACUCCCUAGAGUUCUCUCUUUUUACCAUCACUGGAGGAAAAUCUAUGGUGCAACAUUUCUUGUAUGGUUCGGACCCACCGUCCGCCUCACCGUCGCCGAUCCCGAUCUCAUUCGUGAAGUGUUUACUUCCAAGUCUGAAUUCUACGAGAAAAACGAAGCUCACCCUCUCGUUAAACAGCUCGAAGGCGAUGGUCUCCUCAGUCUCAAAGGAGAAAAAUGGGCUCACCAUAGGAAAAUCAUAACACCCACCUUCCAUAUGGAAAAUCUCAAACUGCUGGUGCCAGUGGUGGCAAAAAGCGUCACCGAAAUGUUGGAUAAAUGGCUAGCAAUGUCAAUAUCCGGCCAGGUAGAAAUUGAAGUUUCAGAGUGGUUUCAACUUCUUACAGAAGAUGUCAUCACUCGAACGGCAUUUGGCAGUAGCUAUGAAGAUGGAAAAGCCAUUUUUAGACUGCAAGCUCAGCAAAUGGAGCUCGCUGCUGAAGCUUUUCGGAAAGUUUUCAUCCCUGGCUACAGAUUUUUACCCACAAAAAGGAAUAUAAAUUCAUGGAGACUAGACAAGGAAAUCAAGAAGUCCUUAAUGAAACUGAUCAAAAAGAGAAAAGAGAAUUCAGCUAGUGGGAAUGAAGAAAAAGAAAAAAGUCCAAAGGAUUUGCUGGGACUCAUGAUCCAAGCUUCAAACUCGUCUGCAAAUAUAACAGAUUACGACAUUGUCGAAGAAUGCAAGACAUUUUUCUUUGCUGGCAAACAGACCACAUCCAAUUUGCUGACGUGGACAACAGUUCUCUUAGCAAUGCACCCACAAUGGCAGGUGCUAGCACGUGAGGAGGUGAUAAGGGUAUGUGGAUCACGUGACACACCUACUAAGGAUGAUGUUGUCAAGCUUAAGACGCUGACCAUGAUAUUAAAUGAAUCCCUACGAUUAUACCCGCCCAUCAUCGCUACCAUCAGACGGGCAAAAAUUGACGUGGAGUUGGGUGGGUAUAAGAUCCCAUGUGGGACCGAAUUAUUAAUUCCAAUCCUAGCCGUUCAUCAUGAUCAAGCCAUAUGGGGCAACGAUGCUAAUGAAUUUAAUCCAGCUAGAUUCACCGAGGGGGUGGCCCGUGCAACAAAACAUUCGGUGGGAUUCAUCCCAUUCGGGUUAGGGGUCCGCACCUGCAUUGGACAAAACCUAGCCAUCUUGCAAACUAAAUUAGCCCUUGCCAUUAUACUUCAACGGUUCUCCUUUCGACUAGCUCCGACCUAUCAACAUGCUCCAACUGUUGUUAUGUUAUUGUACCCACAAUAUGGUGCACCAAUUAUCUUUCAACAUGUGUCCUCUGAUCAUGAUGAUCAAGAUCAACCCAUUUCUAGUCAACAUGAACGGUCCUGAUUUUAUUUGUUAUCCUUUGUGUGUAAGUGGCUUGCUGUUUCAUAGCAUCCAAAAUUUAGAGCAAAUAUUUUGCAUAUUUUACUGACCCAAUGCUCUUUCAUGGUUUUUUUUUUUUUUUAACCUAUGGUUGUAGGAUUAUAUAUAUUAAUGUCUAACAACUAGGUAGCUAUAGCUUCCUGCUUGUCGAAUCAAAUUAAAUGUAUAUUUUGCACAAUUUCUACUCAGUUUUGUAGCA